AUGAAACAACCACUUAACCAGCUACCUCCCUUACCCAGAGACCUUCUCCUUUGCGCAGCAACAAACAGCGGAUAUCCCGAGAACGAGUACGACAUUUCUGUUUCCCACAGCGAGCCAUUCUUAUACCUUUUAAAGUCCUUUGCUCCUUACCCUCCAGGCGUCACCGUCCACCAAUACCCCAUCCUGACACCCCUGUCCCCAAACCGCCGCAGACCUCUUGGAGGAAACAUCACCAUUUGCAUGGAUGAACCCGAGGAAGUAGUCUCUAUGAAGGUUUAUAACCUAGUAUUUCACUUGCUCAGAGCCUGCCACCCGGAGCCUCUUUCCUCUUCCGUAACCACCCGCCAAGGUUCAGCCCUUUUCGACACCCUAAAUUCCAUUAUGAAUGUUCUAUCCGUUAAUCAUCACCUAGUCGGUGGCAUCCGUCUCGGAGUAAGAGUUCAAAUGAACCACGUUUCUGAUGCUGUGGACCACGUGCUGGAAAGGCAGUUGUUCAACCCCCACCAAUUCGGCGUCAAUUGCCGCUACAACAAGGUCCCAGUGCGAAGAUAUAUCCAAUACGCAGAAGGAUUGUUCCGAACAGCAAGAGCAUUACUUUCUCGCUCUGGAGUGAUCAGACAUGAUGCCGGUCGAGAGAUGUCAAAUCUUGAAAAAAGAGUAUUUGGUGACCUCAAGCUGCUCCUGGGGUACCGGUUUGCAGGCUACCGCACCGUACCAGGAAGAGAAAACCCCUGGUGGCUGCAGCGGGUACCGGCCAUCCAACAACGCCAGAACCCACCUCCGAAUCCUCCGCCACCUCCACCACCAUGUGCACAACAACCACCACCGGCAAACACCGGCGAACACCGACGACAUUCUAAUCGCCCUGGCUCGUCAGCACAGGAGGCCUGCAGGACAAAGAAGGAUCAACUGGAUAGAUGUACACAGAUACUAUUCCAUUCGUUUUCCUGA